GAAAAUAAAAAAGACACAUUUGGCUUAGUUAAGAGAAACAGAAAGGAGCGGAAGAGAAGGAAAAUGAAGGGAUGAAGGAAGAGCUACCAUUCAUUUAGAUAACAAACCUCCCUAUAUAUUCAAUCUCACUUUGAUUCCCAUAACACCAUUCUUCUCUUGCCAGAAGAAGGCACUAGCUAGCCUUCUUCUUUCUUCUUUCUUCUUCUUCUUUAAAUAAAAUAAAAUAAAAUAAUAAUAAUAAAAAAUGGUUUCCUUUAGGAGGACAGUCCUACCCCUUGUUUUGGGUGUGCCUCUCCUAUGCCUCUUGUCAAUUGUCAAUGCAGAGGAUCCAUAUCUCUUCUUCGAGUGGCAUGUCACCUACGGCACCAUCUCUCCGUUGGGGGUCCCUCAGCAGGGCAUUCUCAUCAACGGCCAAUUCCCCGGCCCUGAGAUCAACUGCACCUCCAACAACAACAUCGUUGUCAAUGUCUUCAACGAAAUCGAUGAGCCUCUCCUCCUCACUUGGGCCGGCAUCCAGCUCAGGAAGAACUCAUGGCAGGACGGUACUCCCGCCACCAUGUGCCCCAUUCUCCCUGGCCACAACUACACCUAUCAGUUCCAAGUCAAGGACCAGAUAGGCAGUUAUAUUUACUUCCCCACUACCGCCCUCCACCGUGCCUCUGGGGGUAUCGGCAUGCUUAAAGUCCACAGCCGUCCUCUCAUCCCUGUCCCCUUUGAUAAUCCCGCUGAAGAUCAUGGUAUCCUCCUCGGAGAUUGGUACAACAAGGGCCACAAGACCCUCAAGAGCAUUCUUGAUUCCGGCCGAUCUAUUGGCAAACCCGAUGGCAUUCAGAUCAAUGGAAAGUCUAACAAGGUUGGCGAUGCUGCUGCUGAGCCACUCAUCACCAUAGAGGCCGGAAAGACUUACAGGUUGAGGGUGUGCAACGUGGGAAUGAGGCUGAGUGUCAACUUCAGAAUCCAGGGUCAUGCCAUGAAAUUGGUGGAGAUGGAGGGAUCCCACACCGUGCAGAAUGAGUACGACUCCAUGGAUAUCCACGUCGGCCAAUGCAUGUCUCUCUUGGUCACCGCAGAUCAAACCCCUAAGGACUACUACUUUGUUGCUUCCAGCCGCUUCUUCAAGCAAGUCCUCACAUCUGUGGCCACUAUCCGCUACGCCAAUGGCAACGGACCCGCAUCCCCCCAAAUUCCACUACCCCCUCCUGAGAAUUCCGUCGGCAUUGCAUGGUCCAUCAACCAAUUCCGCUCCUUCAGGUGGAACUUGACCGCCAGUGCUGCCCGCCCCAACCCACAAGGCUCCUAUCACUACGGGAAGAUCAACAUCACCCGCACCAUCAAGCUAUCAAACUCUCGGCAAGUGGUGGAUGGCAAGCUCCGUUUCGCUGUCAAUGGUGUCUCGCAUGUGGAUGGUGAAACCCCAUUAAAACUGGCGGAGUACUACGGGAAGGCUAACCAAGUGUUCAAAUACGAUCUUGUGAAGGAUGAGGCAGAAAAAGGGGAGAAAGUUGUGGUGGCACCCAGCGUGAAGAAUGCAACCUUCAGGAACUUCGUGGAGAUCAUCUUCGAGAACCAUGAGAAGACUAUCCAAACAUGGCACUUGGAUGGAUACUCCUUCUUUGCGGUUGCAAUUGAACCUGGGACGUGGACCCCCAAGAAGAGGCAGAACUACAAUCUGUUGGAUGCAGUGAGCAGGCAUACGAUUCAGGUGUACCCUAACUCAUGGGCUGCAAUCAUGACCACUCUUGACAAUGCUGGUAUGUGGAACCUGAGGUCUGAUAUGAAGGAGAGGGCAUAUUUGGGACAACAGUUCUACUUUAGCGUUGUCUCGCCGGCACUCUCCUUGAGGGAUGAGUACAACCUCCCUGCCAAACAGGAACUCUGCGGCAUUGUCAAGGAUCUGCCAAGGCUCGCUCUAUACACUUAAAGAAGAAGAAGAAGAAAGAAGAUGCACAUAUAUAUGCAUAUAUAUGUAUAUCCCUUUUCAUUCUCAGAAUGAAUACACACAUUUAACCAUUAUAUUGCCAUAUCUUAUUAUUACUUUCUCAUGUACUAUUAAUUAACAUGCACAUGCUCAGCAUUCCCUCACAUAUAUAAACAAAAAUGCUUGCAUAUGCCAAACAGGGAAUAAGGUAAUGAUGUUUGUCACACAUAAGUUUCACAUUGUAAUUCAUACUUGCACUUACUACUUGAGAAACUUAUUCUGGUA